AUGGCGACCAUGAGUGGUGACGCGUCGGUAGCUACGGCCAAGACCUCUGACCCAAAGCACUUCAUGCACACCAAUGGAGAGACUGAUGCUGUCUGGGUCCACCAAUUGCCGUACAAGAACAUCCCCAAGUUCCCCAAGCUGGACAAGGACCUCGAGACGGACGUCUGCAUCAUCGGUGCUGGUAUAGCUGGUGUCUCAGUGGCCUACGAGCUAGUCACUCGUGGGCUGAAUGUCGUGCUGAUCGAGGGCCGCGAGGUACUUUCGGGUGAAACUGGACGUACGAGCGGCCACCUCGCCAACGACCUCGAUGACGGCUACACGGAGAUUGCGAAGAAGCAUGGAGACAAGGGCGCAAAGGCUGCUGCCGAGUCACACACAUGGGCGCUUAACCGCGUCGGCGAGAUAUCGAAGCAGCUAGGCAUUGAGUGCGAGUACCGUCAUCUACCCGGCUACGACUUCUCUCAAUACCCAAAGGACUCGAAAGACCAUGCGAGCGACAUGAAGACCCUGAUCGAGGACGGCGACAAGGCGAAGGAGCUUGGUAUCGCUACAGAAUACAAGGAGGGUUUCAAGCUCAAGGGCUGGGAAGGCAAUAUCGACCAAACCGAUGCUGUAAUCUACCAUCAGCAGGCGACUUUCCACCCCACCAAAUACGUCGUCGGCCUUCUCGACUUUCUUAAGCAGCAGCCCAACUUCUCGUGCUACACCAACACCCGAUGCAUCGACGUGCAUGAGAAGGGCGUAGAGAUCCUGGGUCUAGGCCACAAGGACGUCUACGUCAAGACGGCUGACGGAAACACCAUCAAGUGUGCCGAUGCCGUCGAAGCAACCUGCGUCCCGCUCCAGAAGCUGUCCGUUAUCGCCGAGGAGGAAUACUACCGUACCUACUGUAUCGCCAUCCGUGUGCCCAAGGGCUCAGUCGAGGAUGUUCUCUUCUAUGACUCUGCUGAAGUCUACAAGUACGUGCGUCUUACCGAGUGCGACGACAAGGACGACUACAUGGUAGUGGGUGGAGGUGACCAUAAAGUCGGCCAGGGCGAUACUGUUGCGCCUUUUAAGGAGCUUGAAGAGUGGACGCGCGCCCGCUUCCCACAAGCAACCACGAUUGAUUACAAGUGGAGUGGUCAGAUCUUCGAGCCGGUCGACUACAUGGCCUUCAUUGGCAAGAACCAAGGCAACAAGCACAUCUACAUCGUCACUGGUGAUUCUGGUAAUGGUCUUACCCACGGCGUUCUGGCUGGCAAGCUCAUCGCAGACUCCAUCACCGAACAACCCAACUCUUGGAUCUCUCUCUAUGACCCUAAGCGUCUAUCUUCCAUCGCAAAGUCAGCUAGCAGCAUGAUCAGCCACGACCUCCAGAUCAACGCACAGUACAAGCGCUUCGCUCAGUCCGACAUCAAAGACAUCGAAGACCUUGUACCCGGUGAGGGUGGUGUCCUUAACACCAACCCUACCAAGCCUCUGGCUGUAUACAAAGAUGAGGGUGGUCAGAUUCACAAGUUCUCGGCUUUAUGCCCGCAUCUCAAGGGCGUUGUAUGCUGGAACUCUACUGAGAAGAGCUGGGAUUGCCCUGUACAUGGUUCGCGGUUUAGCAAGGACGGUGUGCAGAUUUGUGGACCGGCGAAGAUGGGUCUUGAGCCUGCCAGUGAGAGUGGAGAGAAGAUGCAACAGCAGGCUAUCAAGGGUUGA